AUGGGUUUCUUCUCCAGUAAGAAGCGGAAGAAAGAAGAGCCCCCCGGCUCCUCAUCUGCUCCGCCCCACCAGUUGCCGCCUCGCCCUAGCACCGCUCCUCACGCGGCUCUCGCCCACCGACCCCAUCCUCAGCCCCAACAACAGAAGGUGCUCACAUCUCAAUCAUUUCCUCUUCAACCCUCACAGCAAGCGCAUGCCGGAACGCAGACCUGGCUAUGCGACCAACAAAAUAUCCCCCCCGUCCCUGCCGUCAUCCCCGCCGCUUCGGGCUCGGGAUGGACGGGCGGCCCCACCCAAUCUCAAUCUCCGCCAACGUAUCCACCACCUCCGUAUAACGGCUACCAACGCCCGUAUCCACCCAUCGUUGUCAACCAGCAUUAUUAUCUCAACUCCCAGCCCGCAUCUGGCCCCUACGGCAAGAAGCCCGGUACUUCGUUAGACAAGUUUAGCAAUUCUGUGAUCAACCUGACGAAAGAUGUCGCUCACGACGUCAUGCCCCAGCUCUACGAUGAGAGCGUCACGGCUUGGCAGGCGUAUGGGCCGCAGCUGGUCAAUUCGACAGUUGCGAUGGUCGACCAGAUUGCUAGCGGGUUCGAUCGCAUAAUGACUCUGAUUGAUGUCGACAAGAUCGACCGGAAUGAGCGCGAUCUUUUUGCCUUCCACCCUCAGCAACCUCUGGACUCGUCGAGACGAGGUCCCGAUCAGGGCAAGUCUAAGUCGAGGAGGCCUGAUAGGGAAUACCAUCCCAAGACGCAGGCCUCUGGCGUUGCGUCGGCUGUCGUGUCUGGUGGCUAUUUUGCCAAGGUCGACUUAUACGCAAAUUCAAGGCUUCCUUUCGACUUGCCUCCACUCAGACUUGCGGACUGGAGGACGGGAACGAGAGCCAUGGUGCUCAAGUCGGUGCCAAUGGAUGAUAAGAAUGUCAUCGUGUUUGCUAUUCGCGGCACGGCAAACUUUAUGGACUGGGCGGUGAAUCUUAAUAUGGCCCCAGCAUCUCCGGCUGGAUUUUUGGAUGACGUGGGAAACCUCUGUCACGCCGGUUUCUUAACUUCAGCUCGGAAAAUGGUUAAACCAGUCGCUGCCCGCCUCCGUCAGCUUCUCCAAGAGAACCCUGGACGCAGCGACUACUCCCUCCUCAUCACCGGCCAUAGUGCCGGAGGAGCGGUUGCCGCUCUGCUAUACAUGCACAUGUUGUCGACUUCGCGGGCCGCCGAAUCGGAACUCAACAUUCUAACCGGCUGCUUCAAGCGAAUCCACUGCAUUACCUUCGGAACACCGCCCGUAUCGCUCAUUCCCCUAGUCAAACCGGACAUUCCCCAGCUCAAGAAGAGCGUGUUCAUGAGCUUCAUAAAUGAGGGAGAUCCCGUCGCGAGGGCAGACAAGUCCUACGUCAAGACGCUGAUUGAACUCCUUGCCUGUCCCGAGCCCACGGCCGUGAAAAGCAGCAGAGACAACCACCGCGAGAAAAAGUCAUCCGGAAAAUCAUCUGGCAAGACCCCGCACAACAAAGACGGCUCCAAGGCCGUCGUAUCGAAGAAGACCCACUCGCCAUCGCGGUGGUCGUCCCGCAGCCCCGUCUGGAGGGUCCCCAACUGCACACUCAGUAACGCCGGGCGUAUAGUGGUCCUCCGGUCGAAGGAGCCGAAACUCAAGGUCACGGGGCGCAAGACCAUUGACGAGAGGUUGAGGGAUGGUGUUGUCGCUCAUACGGCGAGUGAUAAGGAGCUUAGGGGGGUGAUUUGGGGAGAUCCGCUUUGUCAUAUGAUGGCUUUUUAUUCGAGGAGGAUUGAGGCGCUUGCUGUUGAUGCCAUUACGGCGAAGGGGUUCUAA